AUGCACUUCAGGAUUUUCUGGGUAUAUAUCAAAUGCUAAUGAAUUCUCUUUUUUUCCUAAAGUCAAUAAUUUAUACUUUUAUUUAUUUUUUAAAAGUGAAUAUAAAAAUAAAGGUUUAUUUAUCAAAUCACAUUAGUCGAUUUGGCAGAAAGCCUGACAAAUAUUUUGACAUAUUUUUCUUCUUCAUGCCUAAGUUUAAUGCUAUUACAUAAUUCUAGGCAGAAAAGAAGGCUUGAGCUAAACCUUCCUCUUCGGCAGGAAUCCUCAAACUAUUUAGAGAGGAAGGUACUAUACUCAAGUACCUCAAGAUGAGCCUUACCUGCUCCCUAGAGUCUGAGCCUCGGACUGUCUCUUAUCUAAGUCGCAAUUUUAUAGCUCUUUUCCUUUAAACGAAUGUAAACAGCACAUAUUACAGAUAGUAAACCAGGAGGAUUCUUCAUCAUGUGAUUCUGGCUGCUCUAUAUGCCUAAGUUCAUCUAAUUGUAUAUCCACCUGUAGCAAUCCACAAUAUCCAGAUAACUGCUCUUCGCAAUGUACAUGCCCUAAUAGUGCGGUAGCAAGCUGCUCUAAUUCAAAUCUAAGUGUCUGCACAAUUUGCGAUUCAUCAUGUUCAAGAACUUGCUCAGGUCCUGCAUCAAAUCAGUGUAUUGAUAUUGUAAGUAUAUCAUGAAGGAUGAAAUGAGCAACAGCAUAUCUAAUACUAUAACUCUCUCCUUGGCCAUAAACGAGCAAAAACAUCAGAAAAAAUCCCUAUUUUUUGGUAAAAAUUUCCUCUUAUAUCUUGCAAAAAUAAUUAUCAUAUUAUAUAAAUGAGCAAAAACAACGGAGAGGGGAAUAAGCUUUAAUUUUGAAUUAUUUAUGGCAAUUUUUACUAUGACAAAGAAUACAUACUGUGGAGGCUAUCCAUACUCUUAUGUCCAAAAAAAAUGUUUAUGAGGAGUUACUUGUCCUAGUAACUGCUAUUAUUGUGAAACAAGCUCUAUAUGUAUUACCUGUAAAUCUGGGUAUUUCGUAAGUUCAGGAAGUUGCCCACAAUGCGAUUCAAGCUGCAAAACUUGUUCAGGAAUCUCAACAAACUGUUUGAGCUGUCCUACAUCUGGAGUUACUCCAUCCUCAUCAGGAAAGUGCCAAUGUGCAUCAUCAGAGUACCAGAUUUCUUCAAGCCCAUUAACAUGCGGAACAUGCGAUUCUUCUUGUAGUACAUGCAGCGGAUCUGGCUCAAAUAAUUGCUUAACUUGUGCAAAUUCGGCGAUUACAAUUGCAUCUCCUCCUGGAAGUUGCAGUUGUGGGACGUCGCAAUAUAUGAUUACACAGAGCCCUUUAACUUGUGGAAGUUGUGAUUCUUCAUGCAGCACUUGCUCUGGAUCAGGAUCAAGCAAAUGUUUGACAUGUGCGAAUUCCGCCAUAACAAUUGCAUCACCUCCUGGAAGUUGUAGCUGCGGAGUAUCACAGUAUAUGGCUUCUCAAAGCCCCUUAACCUGUGGGAAUUGCGACAGCAGUUGUAGCACUUGUAGUGGUUCAGGAGCUAUUACUAGUUAUUUAGAUUUUAGUCGAUUUCAUUAUUCAGCAGUGUUUUUUUAACUGAAGCCCACACUUUUAAUAUCCUAAGCUGUGAGGUUAGCAGCCAUCUUGUCUUGAAAGUAUUCGAAAGGCACACCAAAAAGGGUCAGGAAUUCUUUGCAGGCUGCAUUUGACAUCACCCAAAUCCUGCUCUAGUCCCUCCUAAUGGUCACCUCCUUUAAUGUGUCUAGUAGUGAAAAUCAUAUGUCCUUUCUCCCUUAGUCUACUAAGUUAUUCUAUUUGCAAUCAAUAUUGGUAUUUCCGAUAAAUGUCGGCAAUAAUAAUAUAUACUUCUUUUCUUGGAGUGGCGCUGCAAGCGCAGGCCACUCCAUGCGGAAUUCCUGUGUUGGUUUAACCAACAUAGGAGUUGGUCGAACCAAAACUGUGCGUUGGUUCGACCAACCCAUGAAUUCCGCAUGGAGUGGCCUGCGCUUGCAGCGCCACUCCAAGGAGGUUUCUAUAUAGCGUGCAGAAGUAAGGGUUGUCGAAGACAGCCACUUCCAUAUAUACCCAUUUUAUUAUUAUUUAGCGGUUCUGGAGCAAGCAAUUGUUUAACUUGUGUAAAUUCUGCAAUAACAAUUUCAUCGCCUCCUGGGAGUUGUAGCUGUGGAACGUCGCAAUACAUGAUAUCCCAAAGUCCUUUAACAUGUGGAAAUUGCGACAGCAGUUGCAAAACUUGUAAUGGUUCAGGAACAAGCAAUUGUUUAACUUGUGCAAAUUCUGCAAUAACAAUUGCAUCGCCUCCUGGGAGUUGUAGUUGUGGAACAUCACAAUACAUGAUAUCUCAAAGUCCUUUAACAUGUGGUAAUUGUGACAGCAGUUGUAAGACUUGUAAUGGCUCAGGAACAAAUAAUUGUUGAACUUGUGCAAAUUCUGCAAUAACAAUUUCAUCGCCUCCUGGGAGUUGCAGCUGUGGAACAUCGCAAUACAUGAUUUCUCAAAGUCCUUUAACAUGUGGUAAUUGUGACAGCAGCUGUAGCACUUGUAAUGGCUCAGGUGCAAAUAAUUGCUUGACUUGCGCAAAUUCUGCAAUAACAAUUGCAUCGCCUCCUGGGAGUUGUAGUUGCGGAACAUCACAAUAUAUGAUAUCCCAAAGUCCUUUAACAUGUGGGAAUUGCGACAGCAGCUGUAGCACUUGUAGUGGCUCAGGUGCAAAUAAUUGCUUGACUUGCGCAAAUUCUGCAAUAACAAUUUCAUCGCCUCCUGGAAGUUGCAGCUGCGGAACAUCACAAUACACAAUUUCUCAAAGUCCUUUAACAUGUGGGAAUUAUAUAUAUCAAAAAUGGUGAUGACAUACCACCCAGCCUCUCGACCCUAUUCCUUCAACACCUGCAAGCAACGGCCUAGUGAUGGAGAUUUAGGCGCAAGGGGCCGUUAACCCUUAAUGCAUGUCGGGCUGGGUUUUCCUUGGGCGUCAGCGAGCUAAUCCUUGGGACUUUGAGUUUUUCCUCCAGAGCAAUCAUUGAAAAGGGCACGAACGGGCAAUGUCUGAGCAAUAUGACUCUCAGACCCUUAAAACGGUAUUUGCCUAAAUGAAAACUGGGAUCUUCGACUCAGGUGGUUGGCCAUUAGACUGCAGGUGUCAUGGAAGUCAAGACUGGUGCAGAAUCUCCUUUUUGAGCCAACAGGGAGUGCACCAGUCGAGCCUCCUCGGGAGGGAUAAACGUGUAGGGGUGGAAAUUCCGGCCGUGCAAGGCGAACGCGAAUCUUUAUCUUAGUAUGUGGUAAUUGCGAUAGCAACUGUAGCACUUGUAAUGGCUCAGGAACAAAUAAUUGUCUAACUUGUGCAAACUCUGCAAUAACUAUUGCAUCGCCUCCUGGAAGUUGCAGUUGCGGAGCAUCACAAUAUAUGAUAUCCCAAAGUCCUUUAUCAUGUGGUAAUUGCGACAGCAGCUGCAGCACUUGUAGUGGCUCAGGUGCAAAUAAUUGUUUAACCUGUGCAAAUUCUGCAAUAACUAUUGCAUCGCCUCCUGGAAGUUGCAGCUGCGGAACAUCACAAUAUAUGAUAUCCCAAAGUCCUUUAACAUGUGGUAAUUGUGACAGCAGCUGUAGCACUUGCAGCAGCUCAGGAACAAAUAAUUGUUUAACUUGUGCAAAUUCUGCAAUAGCAAUUUCAUCGCCUCCAGGAAGUUGCAGCUGUGGAACAUCACAAUACAUGAUUUCUCAAAGCCCUUUAACAUGUGGGAAUUGCGACAGCAGCUGUAGCACUUGUAAUGGCUCAGGUGCAAAUAAUUGCUUGACUUGCGCAAAUUCUUCAAUUAUUUUAUCAGCCACACCAAGUUCUUGCAGUUGCAACUCUAACGAAUAUAUGUCCUCUUUAAACCCAAAAGCAUGUAGCUCCUGCUAUAGUUUAUGUGCUACAUGCUCUGGUGGAUCAUCUGGAGACUGUUUGACUUGCGCAAGUUCUUCAAUUAUUUUAUCAGUUACUCCAAGCUCUUGCAAUUGCAACUCUAACGAAUAUAUGUCCUGGGGUAACUCUAAACACUUUGAUAGCAAUAACUUUAGAUAUUUUUUCAUUAAAUCAACUUUUCAAAAUAAUUUUUUGCAUAAAAAAAAAAAAUGUAAAACGGCUCUCAAAAACCAGUCAUAUUUUUUUAUUCUAACUCUCUCCUUUAAAUUGGAACAAAAUAUGCUCUAAUUUAAAGGGAGUUUAAUUUUUUUUUGGAAAAUAAUUUUUCUAUUAAAAAAAUUAUUUUAAAAUCUUAAAAAAUAUAAAUUUUAAUUUAUUUUAUGAAAAAUUAAAACACUCAGUGUGAAAAUUGUUUACUUACUCUCCCCUACGCAAGUUAAAAAAAAAGAUUUUUCGCCCACGAAGGAGGGUUAAUUUUUUUUUAACAUUUAUAUAUAAAUUUUUUUUUAAUUUAAAAAAAACACAAUUCUCAAAAAUUGGAAAUUGAAUAUUAAUUUAAUUUGUAAAAUUUAUGUUUUAAAACAAACAGAAUUAGCUAGAAAUUUUAUUAUAUUAAUUAUCGUUUAUAUAUCCAGAAUGCUUUUUAUAAAAAAUUUUAAAUCCAAAAAUUUUUGUUCGCUCACAGAGGGUGGGUUUUUGGGGCAAAAAAUAGGGAUUUCCAAUGGUUUUGUUCAGUCAGGGAGGUAAGAGUUAAAAUUUUUACAUUAAGAUUAAUUCAAAAUUAAAUUUUUUAAAUUUUAAAAAACUAUAAAUUACACAAUAGUUUGAAAUUUAAUUUAUUUUUAUGAAGAAUUGAUUCAGUGUAAAAAUUGUUUAACUAAUAUUAUAUUUGCAUUUUGUCUAUAUUAAAUUAGUUUUGGGUACCAUUAAUUGUUUUUUAAAAAAUAUAAAUUAAACACAAUACUUUGAAUUUUAAUUUAUUUUUAAUAAGAUUUAAAAAAAUUAAUCUUCAGUGCCAAAAAUGUUUAAAUCAUGCCUUUUUUUGACUUAUACAAAAUAAUAAAGCAUGUGGCAUUGCUGCUAAUGUCUUUAUAAAUUUUUCAAUAAUUUUUUAGCAUAACCUUUGUCCUCUUUAAACCCAAAAACCUGCAGCUCCUGUGAUACUUCAUGCGGGACAUGCUCUGGAGGAUCAUCUACAGAUUGCUUGACUUGUGCGAAUUCUUCAAUUGUUUUAUCAUCUACACCAAGCUCUUGCACUUGCAAUUCCAAUGAAUAUAUGUCAGCACUAAGCCCAAAAACCUGCAGUUCUUGUCAUAGUUCUUGUGCUACUUGCUCUGGAGGGUCUUCCGCAGACUGUUUGACUUGCACAGAUAGUUCAGUCACUCCUGCUACAUCACCAGGAUCAUGCACUUGCGCAUCAAAUCAAUAUAAAUCUUCAAGCUCUCCAUUGGCGUGUACUAAUUGUGAUUCAUCAUGCAGCACUUGCGCUGGCUCCACAAUUAGCAGCUGCUAUACUUGCACAGAUUCCUCUAUAACUCCAGCAACAAGUCCAGGCGCUUGCUCAUGCUUAUCCUCCCAAUAUAUAAUCACAAGUAACCCUUUAUCUUGCGGAAGCUGCGAUUCUUCAUGUUUAACUUGUAAUGGAUCAUCCAGCAAUGACUGUCUAACGUGCUCAAAUACUUCAAUCGUGCUAUCAGUCACUCCAAGCUCAUGUAGUUGCAACUCGAAUGAAUAUAUGUCCUCGUUAAAUCCAAAAACCUGCAGCUCCUGUUACAGCACAUGUGCGACAUGUUCUGGAGGCUCAUCAUCAGAUUGUUUAACUUGCGUAGAUACCUCAAUCACACUAGCUGCAUCACCUGGAUCAUGCACAUGUGCAUCAAAUCAAUAUAAAACUGCUAAUUCUCCUCUAUCCUGCAGCAACUGUCAUUCCUCAUGCAGCACCUGUACUGGCUCUUCAAUUAGUGACUGCUAUACCUGCUCUUACUCCUCUAUAACUCCAGCAACAAGUCCAGGGUCUUGUUCAUGCUUAUCGAACCAAUAUAUAAUUACAAGUAGCCCUUUAUCUUGUGGAAACUGCGAUUCAUCUUGUGGCACCUGCAGUGGCUUAUCAAGUAAUGAUUGUCUGGCUUGCCCUAAUUCUUCAAUUGUUUUAUCACCUACACCAAACUCUUGCACUUGCAAUUCCAAUGAAUAUAUGUCAGCACUAAACCCAAAAACCUGCAAUUCUUGUCAUAGUUCUUGUGCUACUUGCUCUGGAGGAUCUCCUGCAGACUGUUUGACUUGCACAGAUACUUCAAUCACUCUUGCAACAUCACCAAGAUCAUGUACUUGUGCAUCAAAUCAAUAUAAAUCUUCAAGCUCUCCAUUGACUUGUAUUAAUUGUGAUUCAUCAUGCAGCACUUGCUCUGGGUAUGGCCCUUCUCAAUGCUUAACAUGUGCAAAUUCUGCAAUAACUCCAAGCACAACUCCUGGCUAUUGUAAAUGCAACACUUCUGAAUAUAUUAAAACAUAUUCCCCCCUUUCUUGCGGAGCAUGUGACUCUUCUUGUCACGAUUGUGCAGGAGGAUCUAGCAAUGAUUGCAUUACUUGCUCUAACUCUGAAAUCACGCUAUCAAAGACCCCAAGUUCUUGUUUUUGUGGAUCAUCCCAGUAUACUAUAUCAACAAGCCCUUUAUCUUGUGGAAAUUGUCAUAGUUCAUGUGCCACCUGCACUGGACCAAAUAAAACUCAAUGCUUAACAUGCUCAAAUUCAUCAAUAACACUAGCGAAUCCACCGGAAUCUUGUUCUUGUGAUGCAUCACAAUAUUUAAUUUCAAGCUCACCAUUAAGUUGCGGCAAUUGUUAUGCUGACUGCUAUACAUGCAUAGGAUCCAAUCCAAACCAAUGCACAUCAUGCACAAAUUCAUUAUUAACCCCAUCAUCAAGCCCUGGAUUUUGUUCUUGUCAAACCUCUGAAUAUAUUUUAUCAAAUUCUCCUCUUGAAUGUGGGCCUUGUCAUGAGAGUUGCAAAACCUGCUCAGGCCCUAAUUCUGGCAAUUGCUUAACCUGUAAUAAUUCUUCAAUAACCCUAGCUACUACACCUGGAUCAUGCACUUGCGGCGAAUCGCAGUAUUUUGUUUCAAAAUCUCCACUUGCCUGUGGAGAUUGUCAUGAAGACUGCCUUACAUGUACUGGAUCAGGCUCAAAUCAAUGUUUAUCAUGCAAAAACACUACAAUUACCCCAAGCUUGGAUGGACACUGCAAAUGCAAAUACAAUGAAUAUAUAAUUUCACUAUCGAGUUUGGAAUGUGGAUCUUGUGAUACAAGCUGCAUGGCAUGCAUAGGUCCAUCUGCAGAUCAAUGUUUGACCUGCAAAGAUUCUUCAAUAAAUUUGGCAACUCAACCUUCUAUAUGUAGCUCUGGGGAUAAAAAUAGCACUCAAAAUGGAGACGCAUUAAACACACUUGCUAAAAAUAGUGGAGGCUAUGUAUCUUCAGGCUUAAUUAUUGCUGGAUUUGCGAAAUCAGUUAUCACAGGAAGGACAGGGACGUUAUGAACUUAUGUAAAUAUUGUCCAGCUCCUAGCCUUUAUUCCUCUACAAAAUAUUGUAAUCCCUGAAAGUCUUUAUCACUUUUGAAAAGCAUUUUUGUCUUACACAAUUUUACCGAAUUUUGGCAAAAUUCUUUAUGGAGAAGACGGGGUUGAUGAGUCUCAAUUAUCAACACAUUGAUAUAAAUAUGGAUAUAAAGGCAGCUCGUUUUUGGUCAAUGGAGGAGGAAUGCUUUUUAUAGCUUUUAUUGUAUUUUUUUUAUGAGCAAUUGUGUAUUCGCUAACAUUUUAUCCGAAUGAAAAACUGCAAAAUAAAAUGAAAGUGAUAUUAGGAAAGUUUAAAUAUAAUGCUUUUAUUAGGUUGUGGUUAGAAAUAUAUAUUUUAUUGAUUACUGCGACUAUAAUUGGAAUCAAUAAUCUGCUAUUCGAAAGCUACGGUGCAGCUAUAGACUCACUUCUAUCACUGUUUUCAUUUAUUUUAAACGUAUUUGUUACGAUCAUUUUGCUUUCUAUUCUAUUUCUAUACAGAUUUAAAAUAUAUAGAAAAUCUAGAAAAAUUACAGCGAAAUACGGCUCAUUAUUUGAAGAGUUUAAAUCAUGCAAAAGCUAUGUUGAAAUACUUUAUUACCCAUUUUUCCUAUUUCGGAGGUUUAUUUUUGCAUUAAAUCUCUACAAUUCAUCUGGCUCUCCGAUAGUGCAAUGAUUAAUAAAUUUAUUACACUCUUCAUUGACAGUAUUAUUUUUGAUAAAGUAUUGGCACUUCAAAGAUAAAGAUAACCAUUUUUUGAAUGUGUCUGGAGAAAUGCUUGUCGCGGUAUCCUUUUUACUUACUGGCCCAUAUAUAUAUGAUAUUUCUUACACAAUGAAUUAUGGUAUCCAAGUCGCUGUUAUUGGUCUUACUUUUUUAUACUUGGUUACAAGCUAUUAUUUCUUACUUCCUUCUUUUGUAAGAAAUUAAACUAUAGAUUUGUUUGAAAAAAAAAUUUCUAAGAUCCUAUAAAUAAUUUACAGUCUAUAUUAGUUAAAAUACUCGCGAAUAAUUCAAUUUAAAUAUAACAGCAAUACUAACAAUAUUAAAUAUUUGGUUUGCAAUUUUUUCUAUCUUAAAUCAUAAUUUAAAAAAUUAUAAAUUUUUUAUUAUUAAUUGGAGCGAAGCUAAUUGCAAAAAUCUGUAGCUCUAUUAAGGCUAAAUUUGAAAAGAAAAAGAAUGCAGUAGCGCCAGAAUCAGUAGGCAUAAAUGAAAAUGCUUCUGAGGUUAAUGAAACUUCAUUAAGAAGACAACCAAUAUAUCUUUCAAAUCCUAUGUUCAACUCAAGCGAGACCAUAAUAACUGACAAAGUUAAUGAAAAAAAUUUGAUUUAA